GUUGCGUAGGGUUUUCGCCCAAGGAAACCUCGAACCGGCGCGCCAAAUUUCAAAGGACUUCCUGGGAGGACGGAACGCGAAGAGCCCGUGAGGAGAUAGUGGCCUACAAGGGCGAUCAAUCUGCGGGAAAACAUCACGCAUUUCCACGCGUGCACCCGAUGCACGCCUCGCACGAGCCGCCCGCGAUGUCAGGUCUGCGUUUCGGAGCGCGAUUGCGAGAUCUGACCGACGCGAAAUCCGCCUCUUCUAUCCAUCUGACAGUCCUCAGGGGGACAGACGUCAACACUACGAUCCGUGAUGCCAAGCGGGGGUCAAACCCACAAUAGGCCGUUUAAACUCCUUACUACUAAACAGUUUUAAACCAAGUUAAUCUACUUUUAAAUCUAGUCUUAAGUAUAAAUCGUUCAGCUUCUGGUGAGUCCACUCUUAAUUCACACUCCACCUUUCAAGGUGGAUUUAGUGGGUUUUAAAUCUGGGGUUUCAGACCAGCAACCCCAGAACUAAUAGUCAAUUCCUCCUGAGCCUUAAUCCGCAACCACUCUUCAUUCAUGUGUUGUGUUUAACUUGAGCGAAAGUGAACAGAACAGAUUCGGUCUUAGAAAGGACGUUUUGGCAACAGGGGCGCUGUUGCACAGUAAAGUACAUUACAGUACAGUAAAACACACAGAAGGACCCCAACGCGUUUCAAAGGGUGAUGCUAGCUGAGCCGCGGCGUAAACAGAAACGCCUGUCCUGUUAGCUUCCGCCUAGCUAAUGUUGGCUUGGUUAAUGCAAGCGAAAAUUAGCUUAUUUUACCUUAGCUUAGCUUAGCCGUAGCCUUAUCAACGAUGGAUUGCGCGUCCCUAUAAGGACCCCCAGGGAGGCGCGGGAACCUGCGAUCCGAUUGGCCGACCAGGGUCGCGUCGACGGCGGUGGUGGCCCGACGGACGUCUCCGAUUGACCGGCCCGGCUGUCAGUCAUGCUGUCCGGGGUGCAGCCGUGCUUCCAGCUGCUGCGGAUUGGCUCGUCGGCGGGGGGCGUGGCCAGGGACCUGUACACCUUCCGCCCGGCGCUGCCCUCCUGCGUGUUCCGGUUAGGCCGCGCCCCCGAGCUCUGCGACGUCACGCUGGAGGCGGCCAGCGUGUCGCGCAUCCACGCCGAGCUGCACACGGCACGGGAGGCGGGGCCUGGCGCCGAGGGGGCGGAGCCAAAGGAGCAGGAGGAGGAGGAGGAGGAGGACGACGGGGGGUGGACGGUCCACAUCAAGGACCGCAGCAGCCACGGCACCUGGGUCAACGAGGUCCGCCUCCAGCCCGGCGACCAAUGGGAGCUCUCGGACGGCGAUACCCUGAGCUUCGGCGGCCAAUCGGAUUCGCCCAGCUCAGAGUUCUACUUCCUCUUCCAGAAGGUCAAGGUUCGCCCUCUGGACUUCGAUGCCAUCACGAUCCCCAAGGCGGGCAGCUUCUCGUCGGACCUGCAGAACCGGAUCCGGACCAGCCAGGACCAGCGCGCGGCGGAGGGCAUGUCCAAGCUGUGCCUGAGCCGCGCCACGGUCAUCCUCAGCUCCAUCGGCAGCCUCAGCAAGAUGAAGGGCAGCGCCUGGCGCUUCCGCCGCGGCCACGCCUCCUGCUCCUCCUCCUCCUCCUCCUCCUCCUCCCCCCCGCUGGCCACGGGCCUCUCCUCGCUGCUGCCCCCCUCCACCCCGCCGCCCUUCCCCCCGCCCCCCGCCGCCGCCGGCGUCGCCGCGACGACGACCGGGGGGGGGUCGUCGGUGGCCCCGCCCACCGCCAGGACAGGCCCCGGCCCGUCGUCCUCGAGGAGCCGCAGGAAGUCGGCGCACACGGUGCUGCUGGAGGACGACAGCUCGGACGAGCCCCGCCCAGCUCCCCCAGGAGGAGGAGGAGGAGGAGGAGGAGGUGGCGAGGAGGCCCUCAGGGUCCGCGGCAAGAAGCGCCGCCGCCUCUACCGCUCCGAGUCGGACCCCUCGGCCCCCCCGCCCGGCCCGCUCCCGCAGGUCGGAGGUCACCGCGCCGGCGACGCCCGGCGGCCCUUCGAGGCGCGGCCGUUCCCCGCCGGCACGCGCACCAUCGGCAGUUACCACGGCGCCGUGACCAACAGCGCGCUGCACCAGCAGCCCCCCCGCCCGGCCGGGGGCUCCUUCACCGUGCACCGCGACCCCGAGACCCACCUGGUGCGCCUGGCCCCCCGGCUGCCGCCGCCGCCGCCGCACAGGGGCGUGUUCUCCUCCUCAGGCCCCGCCUCCUCCUCUUCCGCCGCCGGCGCCGCCCUGCAGCACUCCUAUUCGCCGGCGCAGAGAGGGCGUCGGCGUGCCCACAGCUCGCCGGUGUACUCCCCCCUGGUGGUGGGGGGGGAGAGCUACAGCCUGGCCUCCCCCUCGCUCCGCCUGCAGGGGGAGGAGGGCGGGAGGGUCCCCUUCAACGGCUUCCACCUCGCCGCCGGUAAGAGACGUGGGCGUCCCAGGAAGCACCCCCUCCUCCCCCGCCCCUCCCUGCCCUCCCCCUCCUCCUCCUCCUCCUCCUCCACCUCCUCCGCCUCCUCCUCCUCCAGCUCCUCCUCCUCCUCCUCCUCGGGCUCCUCGGACGAGGAGGGGGGGGAGGGGGAGGGGGGCGUGGCCGGGGCCCCGGAGCCCUGCGCGGCCCCCCGCUGCCGUCUGCCCCAGCGGGACCCCGUCCAGUGGAUCCAGUGCGACGUGUGCGACGGCUGGUUCCACCUGGACUGCCUGCCCGCCGCCCACCGCAAGAAGGUCCUGGCCGACCCCAACGCCGACUUCCACUGCGGCUGCCCCUGAGACUCCGCCUCCUUCCCCUGAGAUGGCCCCGCCCCCCUUAUUUAGCCCCGCCCGCCGCAGCAAGGUCCUGGCUGACGCCAACGCUGACUUCCACAGUGGCUGCCCCUCAGACUCCGCCCCCCCACCCCCUUCCUUGAUUUGGCCCCGCCCCCCCGCCCAGCCCUGCACCCAGCUCGCCAAUGCAGCCUUCCACAAUGGCUGCCCCUGAGUUAGCCCCACCCCCUUCCCAGAGUUCGCCCCGCCCCCUUUAGUUAGUCCGCAACCAUGACGAUCAGUGUGCCUUGUCUCUGGGGACUGGUUUCGGAAGCGGUUCGGGGUCUCUGAGUGCCGGGUCGUACCGGUUUAAACCGCUUCACAAGGGUUUGAACAGGACUUCUGUUAGAGGAUGAUUCUGAGGUUCUCAGGUCGAACCUGGUUUGGAGUGGUUUGAACCAGAUUCUUUCACACUGGUCCGGAUCCGGUUCAAUCUGGUUGAGAGUGAUUACGACGGGGUUGGUUGACACCGCUUCUGACUGGUCUGUUCAGUCCACCUGCGGUCUGUUUCCAAGCCGUCCAUUGAUUGGCCGAGAACAGUUCCUCUUUUUCGUUGGUAUCUUGUCAAAUCUUUAUUGAUUCGUAAACCGUGACAAUGGACUGUCUCUGAAAAAACCCUUCUACACAAUCUACUACCACUAAUACAAGUGUGUGUGUGUGUGUGUGUGUGUGUGUGUGUGUGUGUGUGUGUGUGUGUGUGUGUGUGUGUGUGUGUGUGUGUGUGUGUGUGUGUGUGUGUGUGUGUGUGUGUGUGUGUGUCCUUUACACAUCCUGCCUCAUUCAUAAUGUUCGAACUUUGCCAACAGGAAGCAGGUUAUGCUAAGCUAGUCUUCAUGCUAAGCUAGUCUUCAUGCUAUGCUUACAUUCAUGGCACACUAGCGUUCACGCUACGCCAGUGUUUACGCUACGCCAGCGUUCACGCUACGCCAGUGUUUACGCUACGCUAGCGUUCACGCUACGCUAGCGUUCACGCUACGCUAGUGUUCAGGCUAUGCCAGUGUUCAUGCUACACUUGGGCUCAUGCUACAAUAGUGUUCAUGCGACACUUGCAUACAUGCUUCCCUUGUGGUCAUGGUAAGCUAAUGUUCCUGCUAGAGUGCAUGCUAGUGUUAAUAGCUAUGCUAGUGUACGUAGCAUAGCCAUCAAGACAAGAUGGGGGGGGGUGUAGCCCCAUCUGUACACAGACCCGUUGGCGUCAGGGUCAGCCCCAGCAUCUCCUCUCUGGAGGUCCUGGUAGGACCAGCAGGACUCCAGUGAGGCCUCCCCGUGGACUCGGACUCAGAAGGCCUCCUUCUCAAGCUCUCCGGAGGUCAUGGAUGGUUGUGGAGGCGAGGCGGCUCAUUGGCUGAGAGGGAGUGGAGGGGACGGGGGGUUGGGAUUGGUAGGGAUGAAGUGAUGAAGGAUUGAACCCGGUUCCUUCUGUCUGUAUGGACCACAUGCUGAGCUGUAAUGGAGCUGGACAGACCAUAACCCCCCCCCCCCCCCCGGCUCAGAUGGACUGAACCGAACCACAACCGACCGGACUGUUAGAGCUGGAACCGGUCUGUUCUGGAUUACUCAGGACUGAGGCACCGUGGAUCUAUAGGAACGAGGAACCCACGCACGCAUUCACGUGACCCAGACCACCCACAAAGAUCUCAACGGAAAGCUUCGGAACUUUACAUUGAGGUCACCCAGGUUCUGCCUCAAUCACCAGCAAAAUGGCUGCCAUGGCGUCAUGGCAACCGUCGGGGCAAAGAGAUUAUUUAUCAGUUAGGAACGCAGCGUUGAGCGUUUCUAUGCCAACGGAGGAACGGACUCCAAGGAACCCGGUGGGUUCUCUGGAUCCGUCGGGUUCCGACGCUGGACUCCCUCGAGACACCAGGUUCUGAGGACACAUGGUCACCAUGACGACCGUCUAGGCGUUGUUCCGUUGCCAGGACAACCCGCCGAAGACUCGGGUAAUACCAACAGCAAUUUAUUUGCCAUUCGACAAGUAUAUAUUUUUCUAUUUUUUUUUUUCUAGCGCUAUUAAUAUUAUUAUUAUUAUUAACCAAAUCAAACCUUUUUCUAAAUCCUUAUUUUUUUCGGGAGAAAUAUUUUGAAUUCCGCCGCUUUUGAUAUACAAACCUAACGCACGCUGUACUUUACUGGGGGAUUGUGGGUAAUCUAGGUGAUGAUGUCAUCGGGGGAAGAGAUAUACUGACAGCUGACAGCACUGCAUUCAUGAACUACAAAUCAUAUCGGUUCUGUGACGUUUGUCUCCGGGAAAACACAGGUUUUUAGGACGGAAGUCGUGAGUUAUGAUGUAAAUAUUGUUGUUUCCGUCUCGAGUUGAUGAGGUCAUCGUGUUGAUGAGGUCAUCGUGUUGAUGAGGUCACGUUUCAUCAGUUCAUCGGAUGUUUUGUUUUUAUAUGUUUUGUUCAGGGGAAGAGAAAAUAAUUGAAUCGUUCACCUCCGAUAACGGACGAUCUCGAAUCUGGAGUUGAAUUUCCGAAGUGUUUUCCCGAAAUGUCGCAUAUGUCAACGAAACACACUGAAAUGUAACCCUGUUCAAAUAAAGCCGUUCAGCAGUGAUAUGGG